AUGAAGGCCCUGCUCCUGACCUUUGGCCUCAGCCUCCUGGCUACCCUGCAGGCCCAGGCCUUCCCCACCAUACAAGAGAAUCAGGAUGUUUCAGGAACGUGGUAUUUGAAAGCUACAGCAUGGGACAAGGAGAUCCCUGACAACAAGCUUGAGUCUGUGUCUGUGACUCCCAUGAACAUCAAGAUCCUGGAAGGGGGCAACCUGCAAGUAAAGUUGACUGUCCUGAUUGCAGGACGGUGCCAGGAGAUGAACACUCUCCUAGAGAAGUCAGAUGAACCUGGCAAAUACACAGCCUAUGGGGGUAAACACGUGCUCUACAUCAUCCCAUCGGCAGUGGAGGACCACUACAUCUUCUACUAUGAGGGCAAAAUGCACAGGCAUCGUUUCCGAAUGGCAAAACUCGUGGGCAGAGACCCUGACAUCAACCAGGAGGCCCUGGAAGAUUUUCAGAAUGCUUUAAGAGCUGGAGGCCUCAACCCAGAGAACAUCUUCAUCCCCAAGCAGAGUGAAACCUGCCCUCUAGGAAGCAAUUAG